UGUCAGCAAUGGGAAAUGCAGCAGCUGAUAGUGGAAGAUAAGGUGUGGGCGGCACUAUGGACGUUCAGUUCACAAAGCAACACAAACCAAGGUUGUGUUCAACGGGUCAUUCCUGCGACAACAAUGACUGACAAUAAGCAUUCAGGUCCUCCACCACCGUACAGCAGCAUCGAUGGAGUUUCACCAACAGUAGUGGAGGGAGUGAGUUAUGGAAUGCCCCAGGUGAUCACUUCGCAGACUCAAGUCCUGACUACCCCCGUCGUAAUCAUUGGCAACACCUGUCCAACCUGCAGGGCCGGAAUCCUUCAGAACGAGUUUACCUGCUGUGGGAUCUGUCUGGGAAUCUUCUUCUUUCCCAUAGGACUCAUCUGCUGCUUCCUCAUGCAGGAGCGGCGCUGUUCAAACUGCAGGAUGUCCUUUGGAAACCCCUAGUCUCUAAACCCUGCUAGAGAACAUUUCUUCGUCAGCUUCAAGACCCUCACUCAGAAUAUUAACUCGACAGCUCCUCGACCUUACUAUAUGGUGUUCCUUCGACAGGUCCUAGACCUUACUACAUGAUGUUCCUUCGACAGGUCCUAGACCUUACUACAUGAUGUUCCUUCGACAGCUCCUCGACCUUACUACAUGGUGUUCCUUCGACAGGUCCUAGACCUUACUACAUGAUGUUCCUUCGACAGGUCCUAGACCUUACUACAUGAUGUUCCUUCGACAGGUCCUAGACCUUGCUACAUGAUGUUCCUUCGACAGGUCCUAGACCUUACUACAUGAUGUUCCUUCGACAGGUCCUAGACCUUACUACAUGAUGUUCCUUCGACAGGUCCUAGACCUUGCUACAUGAUGUUCCUUCGACAGGUCCUAGACCUUACUACAUGAUGUUCCUUCGACAGGUCCUAGACCUUACUACAUGAUGUUCCUUCGACAGGUCCUAGACCUUACUACAUGAUGUUCCUUCGACAGGUCCUAGACCUUGCUACAUGAUGUUCCUUCGACAGGUCCUAGACCUUACUACAUGAUGUUCCUUCGACAGGUCCUAGACCUUACUACAUGAUGUUCCUUCGACAGGUCCUAGACCUUACUACAUGAUGUUCCUUCGACAGGUCCUAGACCUUACUACAUGAUGUUCCUUCGACAGCUCCUCGACCUUACUACAUGGUGUUCCUUCGACAGGUCCUAGACCUUACUACAUGAUGUUCCUUCGACAGGUCCUAGACCUUACUACAUGAUGUUCCUUCGACAGGUCCUAGACCUU